CGCAAUUUACUCUUGCACAUAACUUUUUUAUUAACAAACUGCUCUCUAGUCAUGUUCUGUAACCUCAUUUCCUCGCGUGUGGUCUCGUUCGUUCCGUCAGUGCGCGCAUUCAGCCAGUCGGCCCUUUGGCAGCAACCUGGCGCUAGUGCGACGCGUUCUGGAGCUAAGAAGGCUGUGAAGAAGCCCGCGAAGAAAACUGCGAAGAAGCCCGCAAAGAAGGAGCCCAGGCCGCCGUCCAAGGCCGCAAUUCUGGAGAAGCAGCUCAGCUCGAAGAAGGCACUGGUGAAGCUGCCCAAGGGCCCAGCGCGCAUGUUUGCUAUCUUCAUCAACGAAGUGACGGCUGACCUGAAGAAGGACCAGUCCAACGUUGUGAACAUAGCCGAGAUCACCCGCGUGGCGUCGCAGAGAUGGCGGGCACUGAGCGAUGCUGAAAAGCAGAAAUACCAAGUCCAGCAGACCGAGUUGAAGAAGAAGUACGAGCAGGAGCUGCGCCAAUGGUGGGCUACAGUGGACCGCAAACUGGUUGACCUUGAGAACAAGCGCCGCCGCCGUAUCAACGCAGCGGUAGCCAAGGAGGGCAAGGGGUCGCGGAUGACUCUGCUUAAGGACCCGUUCGCACCUAAGCGCCCGCCAACGUCAUACAUCGUGUAUGCUUCUGAGAAGUUGUCGCAGUCACUGCCUGUCCAGGGGAUCACUGAAAUGAGCGCCCAGGCAAAGACGGUGGCGGCCCAGUGGAGGUCGCUGUCUGAUGCAGAGAAGGCGCCGUAUGUGCUGCGGGCCAAGGAGGCCAAGGCCAAGUUCGACAAGGAGCUGGCAGCGUACAACGCCAAGAUCGGCGCUUAGGCCCGAGCUUUUGCCUUCCCAUGGAGCGUGCCACGUAUGCUGCUGCAUGAGGUCAUUGCUAAUCAUCCUACCCCUUCCUUCCUGAUUAUACUUUUCCGUAUCAAAUGCAAUCACCUUCAAUCUCUACUGCAGGUAGGCUGGGCCCCCAUUGUGACGUGCAGUGCGAUUCUGUGGCUU